AUGUCGCGUCACGCCCAAAUCGAGGAAGUCUCUGACUCCGACCCAGAAGAGAUCGCCCCUUCUUACGACUCCGACGAGGGUCUCCCCCGCAAUGCGAUCAUCUCACCCGUAAAUAUCCCGACCAAGGCUGCACCUCAACCCCAACAACAGAUGCCCAUGCCAUCGAUGCCAUCGACGCCAGCGCCUGAGCCUCAGCGCGAGAUUCCCCGACACUUCUCAUGCUUGUACCCUGUGUACUUCGACAAGACCCGAUCACGCGCCGAGGGCCGCAAAGUCGGUGCGGAGCUCGCAGUGGAAAACCCUCUUGCGCGAGACAUCGUCGAUGCUGUCCAGAUGCUUGGCUUACAUGCGGGCUUGGAACCUGAGAAGCUGCAUCCUAAGGAUUGGGCGAAUCCCGGUCGUGUGCGUGUGCAGGUUAAGAACGAGGAUGGUCAAUUAGCCAACCCGAAGAUCAAGAACAAGCACCACCUCUAUAUUCUCGUCGCACAGUACUUGAAGGCUAACCCUACUACCGAAAAAUCACCCUACCGGCUACGAAUUCGUGGCCUGCCCAUGCCUGAGAAGCUUCCAGCAGCCCCUUCUGCCCCACGGGGUUGGAAGAUUGGGAAGAUCUUACCUAUCCAUUCGCCUGCCUACAGCGGUGGUGGUGUCAGUGACAACCCCCUCAAGGACGCAAUGGCCGAGAUGCAGGGUAUGGAGGGAAUGCCUAACAUGUCUGAAAUGAUGAGUCAAAUGGGCGGAAUGGGCGGACUGAGCAAUAUGCUGGGCGGACUAGGUGGAAUGGGUGGAAUGGGUGGAAUGGGUGGAAUGGGUGGAAUGGGCGGAAUGGGUGGUGAGCCCUCGGGGGCAGGUGCGGAAAAGAAAAAGAAGGAAAAGAAGAGGGUGAUCAGAGCAUGA